GCGGAAGGGAGCAGAGCCGAGCCCGCGUGGCACGCGGCCCUGGGCGGCGGCGUCAGUCCAGGCUCAGAUCUCCGCGCGGGCCGCCCUGGGCAGAGGGAGCCUCUCCUCCGCAAGCGCCAAGCGGCAUCCGGCGGCACCGGAGGGAGUGGAGGCAGCACCCGCGGACAGACGGCGCUGGCUCUCCCGCGCCCCCCGCCCCCCGGAGAUGCGGUCCCGAGCCACGACUGCCGCAGCUUCCCCCUGGCUCUCAGCUGCUGCCUGGCUACCGGCUCCCGCUGCGGGGGAGCCGCCAGCCGCCUGCCCAGAGCUGCUGUCCCUUUGCAGGCCUGAUGUGGAUGCCCCAGCUGGAGGGGGACGUCCAGCUGCGCCACUCCUGCGAGCAAAGCGACAGGCUUCCCCGGUACGGAUGGCUGCUCCACGACGGCAUCCAUUUCGGCGUGCAAGAGAUCCGUGACCGAGGCUUCAGCCUGCAGACGGAGUUUGUGAAGCGCCCUGGAGGGCAGCACGGAGGAGACUGGAGCUGGAGGGUCACCGCUCUGCCCGAGAGGACUGGGGGCCCACCCCCCCUCAUCUCCCUGCUCUUCUACGUGGCCACUGACGGGCAAGGCACUCUGCAGCCCCAGGUGGUGGAGCAGACCCGGAUGGUGUCUCUGACUGGCACAACGGAGGAGCUGGGGCACUUCACCAUCACCUUCCAGCAGCCCACCACAGAGACCGGCACAACUCCCCUCUAUGCCAGUUACAAUUACCUGCAGGCGAAGGCUGAGGGGUUGCACCACCUGAGCAAUGUAGUGAAAGGCAGCCUGACUCCCCGCUUUUCCUACGCUCCACCAGGGUCCUCCAAGCGCCGCUACUUUGGCGUGGACACCUACAGAGGCCAACCCGGGGAGGGUGAGCUGCGCAGCCAGCUCCUGGUCCACCAGGUGACUGUGGCGUUGCCCUGCCGCAUGGAGGUGGUCUUCGAGUCAGGCAGCGUGGCCGAGCGCCCUGGGCGGCUGGCGGGAGAGGCCCUGACGCGAGAGCUGGGCAGGCACAUGGCUGCCUUCGAACGGCGGUUUGAGGAGACCUUUGGCCUCGCUGGCAAGGGCUACUCUCCGCAGGAGCAGCACUUUGCCCGGGCUGCGCUCAGCAACAUGCUGGGCGGGAUGGGCUAUUUCUACGGGCACUCGCUGGUGCAGUCUCCAUACGCGGAGCUGCCCCAGGCCUACCCCGAGGGCCCGCUCUUCACAACAGUGCCCUCCCGCUCUUUCUUUCCCCGCGGGUUCCUGUGGGACGAAGGCUUUCACCAGCUGCUGCUGAGUCGCUGGGACCCAGCCCUCAGUCGGGAGGUGUUGGCCCACUGGCUCGACCUCAUGAAUGCGGAGGGAUGGAUCCCGAGGGAGCAGAUCCUGGGCGAGGAGGCCCGCACCAAGGUCCCAGCCGAGUUCCUGGUGCAGCACAGCAGUGCGGGCAACCCGCCAACCCUCUUCCUGGCCCUACGGCAGCUGUUGGCGCAGGGCAACCUGGAGGCGAGCUACCUGCGGCGCCUCUACCCGCGCCUGCAGAGCUGGUACGACUGGUACAACCAAACGCAGGCGGGGCCGCUGCCCCACACCUUCCGCUGGCGUGGCCGGGACCAGGACACCCAGAUGUUCCUCAACCCGAAGACCCUGACGUCCGGGCUGGACGACUACCCCCGGGCCUCCCACCCUUCCCCGGACGAGCGCCACCUGGACUUGCGCUGCUGGAUGGCCGAGGCCUCAGCUGCCAUGGCGGAGAUCGCCGCGCGCGUGGGGGAGCCAGCGGGGGAGUACCAGCGAGCCGCCGACGUGCUGGCGGACAACCAGCUGCUGGACCAGCACCACUGGGCUGCGGAGCUGGGCACCUUCGCCGACUACGGGAACCACACCCUGGCGGUGGCCCUGGAGCGCGAGAGGCCACCCCCGCCCCCGCCCGGCCAGCCCCCGCCCGCCCCCCGCCUCCUGCGGGUGGUGCGCAAGCCCCCCAAGCCCCAGUUUGUGGGGGGGGCCUUCGGCUACGUCAGCCUCUUCCCGCUGCUGCUGCAGCUCCUGCGCCCGGACUCGCCACGCCUGGGCAGGCUGCUGGACGACCUGCGCAGCGAGGCGAAGCUGUGGACGCCCUUCGGCCUGCGCUCGCUCUCCCGCUCCAGCCCCUUCUACCUCAAGCGCAACACCGCGCACGACCCGCCCUACUGGCGGGGCCCCGUCUGGAUCAACAUCAACUACCUGGCUGUGCGGGCACUGCACCACUACGGCCGGGCCGAGGGCCCCUUCCGCCGGCAGGCAGCCGCCCUGUACCAGGAGCUGCGGGCAAACGUGGUGGCCAACGUCUUUCGGCAGUACGUGGAGAGCGGAUACAUCUGGGAGCAGUACAAUGACGAGACGGGCAGGGGCCAGGGCUGCUACCCUUUCACAGGCUGGUCAGCCCUGGUGGUGCUCAUGAUGGCCGAGGAGUAUUAGGCGGGGCGGUGGGCACCCCCGGGCCCUCUGUGUUCGUGUUCGAGGCGUGCCAGGAGUGCGCGUGAACGGCAGGCUGCCCGGGCUCCUCUUGGCGGGCGGCCGGCAGUGCUCCCCCGCUCUGGAAGGCAGGCUGGAGCAACCUGGAUGCUGCCUCAUCCCACGUGGACCUUCCGUGGCUCUGCCCCCUCCAAAUCACUCUGGGAUUUGCCUUUCUGGCUUUUUUAAUGAAAUAAAGCUGUGGAGCUGGAA